AUGUAUGGCGCGAAUGUCACUUGGAGCGGAGUAGCCCGGCUGGCAGCGUUCAAGAACUUCUCUAUGCCGUUCCCGCUUGUGGAGAAUGUGGUGGUUGACCCCAAACCUCCCAGUUUCGAGAGCGUGCUCAUCCCACGUCGAACUCGACCAUCAUCGAGUCCGGCCCUUUCGAAUGGGACCAUUCCUCUCGCUGGGGUGAUGCAACCUUCUCGCAAGCCGGACUUCAUCAUCGCCUAUGACGCUAGUCAGGAAACAGACUACGGCUGGCAGAACGGCACCAACUUGCUGGAUACGUACACCUGA